UUCAUUUCAAUUUUCAUAACUCUACUCGUUUGUUGCGAUUUCAAGCUCUCUCUUCCACAGAGCUCGAUUUCUCACUUCUGCCGGCAAUAGGUGAGCAAUAGGAUUCUAAAUUACCACAGAAACAGAAAAACCUGGUUUUCUAAACGCCAUUGACGGAAAAGAAGCAAACCGAGGUCAGUAAUCACUGAUCGGGGAAGUACCUAUGGGAGGACGGGUGCACGUACGAGGGAAACUGGAAGAAGGGGGAGGCGAGCGGGAAGGAGAAAUUUUCGUGGCCGUCCGGCGCUACUUUUGUAUGUUUUGCAGUAUUUGUCUGACCUUGUCUACUGCUUAAUAAAUUUAUGCUCUUGGCGAUGUGCUUGAAUCUAUGAACUCAUUUAUAAGUUUUCAGCGUUUGAUUGAAUUUAAAAUGUUGUAAAAUGUUGGUAUGAUUUUUGAAAAUAUGAUCUUUUGAGAUUUUGCUGCCUUAUGUAUUGUUAUACAAAAGUAUUGAAAAAUCACAAUCUCUUUCUUUCUAAGAUCUUGACAAACUGUACUCCUUUCUUUCUGUUAAUUAUAAAAUAAUUUAGUAAGCCUUUUCUUAUUAUAAGCUCUAACAUAGCCCUAGAAAGUAGAAACUGUAUGGCAGCUUAUAAGAUCUUUAAGGUAAGCCAUCGACGAAGUUUGGAGGGGUUAUUGGCUCCUGGGCAUUUUAUGAUGUUUGUACUUAUCAUGUUUGCAACUUCUCUGAAUGAUAUAAUAGGAGAUCCAGUGAUUUAUGCGGAUGAUAUAAUGAAUGCUGUUUCCGGAAAGAGCCGCCGCUUAUUAUAUGUUGAACCCUUGUCAUCUUCGGCUAAGUUCAUCUCUCCUCUCCAAAACCCAAAGGUCGCCCCAGACGGAGUAGAUGCCCCUUCUGAAGCUACAGCUACACAAACAGUAUUUACUAGGAAAAGCAAGUACAUUUCCCAUGAGUCCGUCAUCAACUUCAUAAAACGUGAGAAAAGCCCAGAGGACGCCUUGGAAAUCUUUAAUAAAGCAUCAGCACAAAGUGGUUUUCAGCAUAACAAUUCCACCUAUGGGAUAAUUCUCCAUAAGCUUGCCCAGUGCAAGAAAUAUCAGGCCCUUGAUGGAGUUCUUCAUCGGAUGACCUAUGAGACGUGUAGAUUCCAUGAAGGUAUAUUCCUUAAUCUCAUGAACCAUUUCUCUAAAGCAUCCAAGCAUGAGAGAGUGCUUGAAAUGUUUCACUCUAUUCUGCCUAUUGUACGUUCGCAGCCGUCCCUGAAAGCCAUCAGUGCAUGUCUUAACCUUCUGGUUGAUGCAAAUGAAACUGAUUUGGCAAGGAAGUUUCUCCUGAGUACUCAGAAAGACUUCCACUUGAAGCCGAACACGUGUAUCUUCAAUAUUGUGAUCAAACAUCACUGCAAGAAAGGGGAUAUUGAAUCUGCUUUUGUAGUGAUGAAAGAGAUGGAGAAGUCUGAAGUUUCUGCACCAAAUUUGAUAACCUACUCUACUGUGAUUGAUGGUCUUUGUGCGAGUGGCAGGUUAGAAGACGCAAUUCAGUUAUUCGAGGAAAUGGUGUCUAAGCAUCAGAUAGUGCCGGAUGCAUUAACUUAUAAUGCUCUGAUAAAUGGAUUUUGUCGUGGACAGAAAACAGAUAGAGCCAAGAAAAUAAUGGAAUUUAUGAAGAAAAAUGGAUGCAAUCCCAAUAUAUUCAACUACUCAUCCUUAAUGAACGGGUACUGUAAGGAUGGUAAGCUUGAGGAAGCAAAGGGAGUGUUGAAUGAGAUGAAAGCUGCUGGGCUGAGUCCCGAUACUGUUGUGUACACCACUUUGAUUAAUUGGUUGUGUAGGUCCAGCAAAACUAACGAAGCUAUAGAGCUGCUUAAGGAGAUGAAAGAAAACGAAUGCAAGGCAGAUGAGGUAACAUUUAACGUUAUUCUUGGUGGAUUGUGUAGGGAACACAGAUAUAUUGAGGCUCUUAACAUGCUCGAGAGGCUUCCCAACGAUGGUGUUUAUCUUAAUAAGGCUAGUUAUAGGAUCGUUUUGAAUUCUCUGUGCAAAGAAAGAGAACUGGAGAAGGCGGUGGAUUUGCUGGCUCUGAUGCUGCACAGGGAUUUCGUGCCCCAUGUUGGCACGUCAAAUGAGUUAUUAGUUAGUCUUUGCAACGCAGGAAAGGUGAACGACGCUGUUAGGCUGUUGUUUGGGUUGGUGCAGAGGGGUUUAAAGCCAGAUCCUCUAACAUGGAGUGUUCUGAUUGAUUUAAUUUGUAGAGAGAGGAAGCUACUGCUUGCAUUUGAACUACUUGAUGAACUUCUAAAGUAAGGCUUGUAUUUCCCAAGAUGUUACAUCAAAUCUUUUAGUUGUCAAGUAGAGUCAUCAGAGAAAAUAGUUGUAUUUUAGAAUUGGAAUAUACAUUUGUUAUAAUUUAGCAAACUCCUAAAUAUAAUAAGAUGUUUAUACCUCUUGAACAA